AUGUGCAGGACGGAAGCGUCAACGUACUGGACCGUCUUCAGUGUCCUGCAGCAAAGCAUCCUGGGCGAUCCGGGAGAUGUGCCUUGGGCUGAGAGCCAGCUGAAGACGGAGGUCUGGAACGAGCGCGCGCCGGGCCUGGCUCCGGGGGCUCUCUCCCCUCGGAGCUCCCCCAGGGCGGCCAAGACCAUGUCCUCGUCACAUCCGCCAUCCUCGGGUCGAGGUUUGGAGUUCACCCAAGCCUUACAUAGCUUUGUGAAACAACACCUCGGCUCAUGGCUUCAGAUUGCCAGCCUGACUCUGCAGUCCGAUCCUGCAUCGAUCACAGCAGAGGAAUUCGAUGUUUUAGGUCUUAUCCUUUGCGGCGGCACCUCAAAGACGCAGCCCCUCUGGAAACUGUCCGAUGCGCUGCCGGAAUUGGCGUCAAAGUCCUCUAUGCCAACAGCAGAGUUGCGAAAAGCUGUGGUAAAGCUGCUGUGUUGGAACGAGGAUAUUUACACGACCGAUGUGGCCAAAGAUGGCCUGGAGCCAAGAGCGAAGACGCUGAAUAUCAGUAAUGUGCUCCGGGGCAUUUGGUUCCACAGGCCGCACAAUGCUGAGAUUGAAUAUUUGAACAUUGCUGACUGCAAAGACAGUACAAUCUAUGUGACUGCACGUAUCCGUUAUUGCCUGAUCACUGGUUGUGAAAGCACCACCAUAAUCCUGGGUGGAGUUUCCACGAUUUGCACAACCCACAACUGUGAGAAAGUCUCAGUUCAUGUGGCUGCGCACUGCUACAAAAUGGAGAACUGUAUCGAUACAUCUGCUUAUUUGUAUUGCCACAUUCCUCCAAUCAUCACUGGGGAUACCAGAGGGAUCAAAUUAGCGCCCUACAACGUCCUUCAUUCCCACAUGGCAUCCGUGCUUCACGGAUCACAGAUGACCUUAGACAGCAACUUUGUUGACGUUUGGGCCUAUCCCAUCUGUUGCACCGCUGGCAUGCAAAACGACACGCUCAGCCGCGAUGCCUUCCAAGAAGAGCAAAAUACAACCUACCACUUUGUCCACCCGAGCAAGUUCUUCCCAGUGGUCGUCCCCGAGACGGGUCCCCGUGGUGUUGCUCCUCAACUGGUCUUACCAGAGGUCUAUGACAAGGCCAUGAAGGAGCGACAAGAGGAGAUUCGACAAGUGAUGAACCAGCUGAAAGGAAUUUCCAAUGAAACUGCUCAAAGAAAGGCUCAGGAGAGAAUCCAGAGCUGCUUCAAAGAUUGGUUGCAAUCCACAGGGAAGGUCACCCAUCGAGAUCUAAAGCCCGAGAACUUCCUCUUCACCAGCAAGGAACCGAUCGAGAAGAACUUCCUGAAGAUUAUUGACUUUGGACUCUCGUGCAAAUACACCGACGGCCAAGUUCUUCAAACCAAGGCAGGAACUCCAUACUAUGUGGCACCGCAGGUGUUGCACGGAAAAUAUGACCAGGCCGCAGACCUGUGGAGCUGCGGGGUCAUCAUGUUCGUCCUCCUCUGUGGAUAUCCUCCCUUCUUCGGCGAUUCAGAUGCCGAGGUCUUGGCUAAGGUGAAGACAGGUAGUUACAGCUUCAACCCUGCUGACUGGAAGAACGUCUCUGAGGAUGCCAAGAAUCUUAUUCGACAGCUCCUGAAGAUGAAUCCCAAAGAACGGUAUAGUGCUGAGGCGGCUUUGAACCAUGAGUGGAUCAAGCUGAAAGCGCCCAAGGCUACCAACGUGUCGCUACAGUCGAAUUUUGUGGAUAAUCUGCGUCACUUCCGGUCACAGAACAAGUUGAAGAAGGCAGCUCUGCACAUCAUUGCUGGGCAGCUCAACGAGGACCAGAUCAAACAGCUUCGCGACGUCUUCAUGAUGAUCGAUGGCAAUGGAGAUGGCUUUCUGACAGUCAAUGAGCUGAAAGAAGGCUUAGCGAAGGCUGGCCUCAAAGACAUUCCUCCAGACUUGCUGCAGAUCAUGCAGGAAGUUGAUUCUGACGGGAGUGGCAAUAUCGACUACACCGAAUUUCUUGCUGCAACCUUGGACAAGAGGAUGUACAUCCAAGAGGAUGUCUGCUGGUCGGCAUUCCGGGUCUUCGAUAGGAAUGGUGACGGAAAGAUCUCGAUGGAAGAGUUGCAGCAGGUGCUAGGCAGCAACGAGGUGGAGGAGGUCGUUGGAGCCAAGGCUUUGGCAGACCUCAUGCUGGAGGUUGAUGGGAACGGCGACGGCUUCAUCGAUUUCAAGGAAUUUUUGGCGAUGAUGAGAGGACAGGGCAAGCCCGGUGCUUGA